AUGUCUGAGGAAUAUCACGUGUAUACUCGAAUGGAAAAUAUCACAGAGCAAGAUGACAAACAUUUAGCGGGAGCUAGAAAAGAAAUUAGAAAUGACUUAACAGUUCUUAUACCAGAAAACCCCUUUCCAGAAAUAGAAGUUGAUGCUUACCCACCUUUAAAAUUUUCUUGGGUUAUUCCCAAAAAGUUAGCAGCGAUGGCUUUUCCAAGACAUGUUGAAAAUUUGAAAUUUUUGAUCAACCAAGGUAUCACACAUCUAGUCACAUUAACAGCCGGUAAAAAACCUCCAGUGGACGACAUUCCUAGACUAAAAUGGACUGAAAUACCUAUAGAAGAAUUUGAAUCACCUACUGUUGAACAAAUUAUCAAGUUUAUUGACGUGUGCAAAAGAUCCGACAAAAAUGGAGAGGUACUAGGUAUCCACUGUCGUCAAGGUCGCAGCCGAUCAGCUGUGAUGCUGGCGUGUUAUCUCAUCCAUUUCCACCGUUUCUUGCCAGAUCAGGCCAUGAACGUCAUUCGGAUGAUUCGACAAGGUUCAUUGAACUUUGAAGAACAAGAAGAAGCUGUUGGUAGAUAUUUCGAAUAUCUAACAGCAGAUAACCCACUUAGAUUCGGUGUAAGUGGUGAAGUUAUGGAAGAAUUUAUAGAACUCGCUAAAGAAAGUACGAAGAAAGCUCUU